AAAUAACUUCAGUAAAAAAUAAAAACGAUUCUGGAAAACAUUAUGUUUCAUUACAAUAAAUUACAAUAAAAUAAUGCAAUAUUCAUAUUCAGAGUUUCUAAUAACUUAGUUUAAAUUCGUAACACGCAUUAGCAAGGGGAUCGAACGCGAGCUCCAUAUCCCUUUUUUGCGUUCUGAAAGAAAAAAAAGAUAUUAAAUAGGGGCUUAUGAUUAAAAGAAGUAUUUUAACAAAAGGAUUUUUGUGACGCUAAUCAGUGGAAAAAAGUGAAUAGGGUUCGGAUUCAUAAAAACGACUGCCACGCCACCAAUAUGCUGUACUGCAAACUUUGAAACAACUUUGCUACUUCUGUCGCUCUAUGAUCUUGUUGCAGUGGAUUGAUGAUAUCAAGUUGGCAAACCUGCUCUUAUCGUCAAAAGUUCAAUGUCCACCCCCUUUUGACUUGUUUCACAUCUUUUACGGUUAGGUAUUUAAAACUUUUCAGAAAUUAUGUAGAAUUCCAGCGAAAAUCUCCCCAACCAUGGCCACAGUUAAUCCCGAUAUCCAUCAAAAAUUUCGUAACGUUAAAAAACCCUCCGUCAGACAAGCGGGCGAUGGAAACGAAGUGGAAGUCGAAGUACGCGAAGACGAGGAGCAGUCGGUUAAGCUUCAGGAGAUACUCGAUCUAUUGGUAGCUGCCGGAUACUUUCGGGCACGAAUUAAGGGCCUUUCACCUUUCGAUAAGAUAAUCGGCGGAAUGACUUGGUGUAUCGAAUCGUGCAGUAUUGAUGUAGAUGUCGAUCUGUUAUUCCAAGAGAAUUCCACGAUUGGACAAAAAAUAGCUUUAACUGAAAAGAUCGUCGCGGUCUUGCCAAAGCUCAAUUGCCCGCACAGAAUCGAACCGCACCAAAUUCAAGGCUUAGAUUGUGUUCACAUUUUUCCGGUUGUACAAUGGCUGGUGAAACGGUCGAUGGAAUUUCGUCAGGAAAUGUCGGCGUUUGUACGUUCCUAUGCGGUUAGUCAGUUUAGUAAGGAGUUCCAUUUAAAAAAUCGAAAUGCAGACGUCGAAAGGCAGAUUAUGAACAAUGUAAACGUAGUUAAGGAGGUGUACAAGCCGCACCGGUAUUAUAGGAGAAAGAAUGCCCCGCCCGAUGAUUUACCGUCGAAAGUACAAAUUACUUUAUUGGAGUACGGCCUGAGAGGUGAAAGGAGUGCAUCUAAGACUGAUUCGGACUCGUUUGAACAUGACCCUACUGCUAAGCUCGAUAUUCAGCAAUUAUUGCAUAACAUGGCAACAAUGAAAGAGGACGAUCCAGACCAAUUCAUAUUAAACGAAGAAGAACGUUUGGAAUUAAUUAAGCAUUAUGCAACUUUACAGUCAGAAAUGGAGGAUGGGGGUAUCAAGUCUCAAGAGGAGAAAAGAAAAGCGGUACUCGAACGGCAGAAGCAAACGAUAAUGGAACGAAACGCGAAGCUAGCCGAGGAUAUCGAAUCGCUCAAGAGUGUUGUAUCUGAAAAUAAAUUGGCAAUCGACAAUUGCGCGAGUAAACAAUUGGAAGCGGAUAAGGCGCUAAAUGAGUUAUCGCGAGAUGAGAAGGAGAAUUUUGAGAAUUUAAAAGAAGUGGAAGAUUUAGUUAUAUUAAACGAUAAUUUAAAAGCUCAAGAGGUGCAGUUCCGCGAAAAGUGCAAGCAAGAGUUGUCUAGUCUACAAAAUCGAAUCGAAGAAAGUAAAAAAACGCCAGACGAACCCGAUUCAAAGUGGCACGCCGAAUUAAAAGAUGAAAGCGACAAGGUGAAGGCGUUACGGUUGCAAUUGGCGAAGAAGAACCGCGCGGUUGUACUACUACAAAGAAAAUUAGACGAUAUUCCUAGUCGAGCCGAAUUAGCUCAGUACCAAAAGAGAUUUUUAGAAUUGUAUAAUCAAGUUGCCGCAAAGCAUAAAGAAACAAAACAAUACUAUACAUUGUAUAAUACGCUUGAAGAUACCCGUAAUUAUAUUCAACGAGAGAUUGGUCUUUUAAAUUCGAUAUGUGAUACUUAUCCCGAGGCCAUGUCUUCGAGUAGCGGUAAGAACGAAUUUUUAAAACAAAUGGAAUUCGUCGCGGACUGGUUUAAAAAUUCAAAGCAAAGGAUCGAGUCCAAGCUCGACGAGGAGAAGUCAAAGCGCGACCAACUACGCGAUACCUUACAGAAUUUAAUAGAGCAACAAAGGAAGUACGUGGUCGCUCUUAAACAGCUAAGUAUAGAAUGCAGAAAGCACGAAGCUCUCCUUUCGCAUCAACAAGCAUUUUAAAUAUUUU